GAUUUCAAUAGUUCACCGAUUUCAUCGUUUAGAGCUCUACACUGAUUUAUUCUUCUUUAGGGAUUUGAGCGUAGACUACGUUGGGAAAAAUGCAUUUAUUCGAUCAUCCAUGCAUCCGAGGCUUGGUCCUGAUGUGGUUUUGAGUGAUGGGAAGUUGUUUUGGAGUGAUACGUCAAAGGUCUCACCUGACCUCCAGGAAUGCAUCCAGAUACAGCACCAAACGAGGAGGACGCAAUGAGCCCCUGAAGAAAGAUAAGCCCAAGUGGAAAAGUUAAUAUCCUAUGACAGAGGGCCAGCUGCGCAGUAAAAGAGAUGAAUUCUGGGACACGGCCCCAGCUUUUGACGGCCGUAAAGAGAUCUGGGAUGCACUAAAAGCUGCAGCUGUAGCGAUUGAAUGUAAUGACCAUGAGCUGGCACAGGCUAUUGUAGAUGGAGCCAGCAUCACACUGCCUCAUGGGUCCCUUAUGGAGUGCUAUGAUGAACUGGGGAACCGCUAUCAGCUCCCUGCAUACUGCUUGGUUCCUCCAGUCAACCUUGUGUCCGAGUGCAAUGAUCAUAAUGUGUCUGAACACUCUGAGCUACAGGAGAAGAAGGAGAAGGAGUUCCAACUGAAGGUGCGUCUCUCCACCGGAAAAGACCUUCGCCUCAGCGCCACGAUGGCUGAUUCCAUCCGUCAGCUGAAGAAACAGCUUCAGAUUCAGGAAGACAUUGAUGCCACCAACCAGCGCUGGUUUUUCUCUGGAAAGCUACUCACGGAUAAAACACGUUUACAAGACACCAAGAUCCAGAAGGACUUUGUAAUACAGGUCAAUGUUAAUCAGCCCAUUGUUCCCAACUAAACACAAAAAACUGUGAAGCGGGUCUCAGUGAACUCACACCAUACGAAUGCUUUAUAUGUUUCCAUUAUAUAAAGCCACUGAUUAGGUCUGAGUUUCAACACCUGUCCUUUCCAAAUAUGAAGCUCAAACAUUUCUUACAGAAACAUCUAUUUUCUCAAAGCUACGAGGAGAUGAAAAGGCCAAAUAUACAUGCAAAUGUAAGCAUGUGUCAAAUGUGUAAAAAAUUAUUUAUUUAAGGAUUUUAUUUCAAUAUGAUAUGAUGAAAAUGAUUAAAAAAGCUAUUUCAAAACAUGUCAGUCUAUGUAUCAGUGCAGAUACCAGUGCAUGCUUUAUUUUUAACCAUGCAUUGAUC